UUUAAAUUCUGACCAGCCAGAGGCCUCAGCUGCUAUAGUGUAACAGUUCUAGAGAUGCAUGUUCUCAUCCUGGUUCAUAGCAGUUAUACCUAAUUCAGAUAUUACUCUAUUGUCUUGGCAACAGUGUAUAAAGAAAACUUUGGUACUAUUUUGAUUGAUGUUUCCCAACUAAUCAAUUCAACCAGAAAAUGAUUUUGAGGUCUCGUAAAAUCCCAGCUCAACCCUUAAAGGAUCUACAUACUCCUAGGAAAAAAUCAGAGGGUAAUAGUCCCAAAACGCCACGAUCUGCGGCCCGGGUACCGAAGAGGGUGCAGCCAAAAUCUCCCUGUACCCCAUCAGGAACCUUCAGUAAGAAGACAACUGCGCGGCUAACUAACAUCUGCCUGAACUCUCCAAAUGCGGAAGAUCUAAAGACGCCAAUGAGAGAGCGAUCAGUGCGGGUUCAUUUUCAGUUUGAUGAUCCAUUCCCAGGGAAACAGGAUCUUGUGUCCAGCAUCUACACUCCAGUGCUCACCUACCUCUCCACUCAGGAUGAGGACUCAGAUGGCUGCAAUGUUCCGACAAAAAACUGCCUGUAUUUCAAUCACAUUCCUGUUGACAGAACCAGAGAGGAUUUUAACCCAUACAAAUUCAUCUGCAAUAUCCAGCAAACACCAUGCGACCAGCGACAGAGAGGGAAAGAUAUCCCAUUUAAAACUCGCAGUGCUCCGGAGAGCACACUCGUCCUGGACUUGGAUGAAAUCUUAGUUGAUAGCUCACUCCUGCCACUCACUGGUGCAGAUUUUACCUUUCUUAUCCCGUUUCAGGACACCUAUUACAAGGUUUAUGUGAAGCUCCGACCUCAUGCUAUGGAAUUCCUAGAGACUCUUUGUAAAGUGUAUGAGAUAUUUGUUUUUACUACUGCAAAGAAGGAAUAUGCUGAAAAGAUCCUAGACCUACUGGAUCCUCAGAAGAAACUAAUUAGGCAUAGACUCUUUCAGGAUCAGUGUCUCUGUGUUGAAGGCCACUAUGUGAAGGACCUAGGUAUUCUACAAAGGGACUUGGCUAAGACUGUCGCAUUGGACACUGCCCCUCAUACCAUUCCUUACCAUCUUGCUAACAGGAUACCUAUACAAAGCUGGAAAGGUAGCAAGAAAGACAGAGGGCUGCUCUCCCUGCUUUCAACCUUGGAGAAAAUGACACUCGUGGAUGAUGUACGUCUUGUGAUUUCCCACCAAUUCAAAAUCAAAGAUCUAGUUGCUGAAGACUGAGCUUAACACACUACCUGCUGUUCAGGGGUUGUGAAGUAGCUGUGAAUGGAAUGGUUGCCAUGUUUGUAUAGGCUUAUUUUAUUUUCUCCCAGGCUGGGGAUGACUGUGAAGUACAACAAAAUGUCAUCUUCCCACACUUUUUUUUUUUUCAUUUAAUAAAGUUAAUAAACCCAGUCUAUAAACAUACAUAUUUUGUUUUGUAACUGGUAUUAAUAUUGCCUGUGCUAGUUGAAAAUACAGAAUUAUGAAUUUGAUGGUUUUAAAUCAAAUGUAUUGGCAUUUUAAAUGUUUUUUUUAAAUAUAUUGUGUGUAUCUCCAUUUUUUUUUUUUUUUUUUAAAUUAGAAUGGAGAAAUGUAUAAUGGUUAUUUGAACACACAACCCUAAAACAAAGUUAAAGCACAAAGUCAAAUCUGUGGAAGUCAACAAACUGAUUCAAACGGCAGCUGACUAAACUAGUGAUUCUUAUUCAGAAACAGACGGUUGUGUUUAGGUGACUGUUUCCUAGCCCACAAGUACAACCCCAGGUCUGGGCAAGUGACACUUAAAUCCAUAAGGUGCAAUUAAAAGGGCUUUUUCUCCAGCCCACUGAACUAUUUGCCUUGGGGGGGAAAUAAUGUUAGGUUAAAAGAUCAAUUAUUAAUAGGCACUGACCCUCCUAUACUCCUAAAACACUGUAGUCUACUGUUGAUAAGCAAUCUAUCGGCAUCCUGUAGUGGAUUCCAUUGGGGUCAGGAUUUUAACCAAAAUGAUCUGGUCUUAUGUAUAUGUAGGCCUCCUACCCAGGUAAAGGGAUCAUAGCGCCCACUGUCCAGGUCUAAAAAUCUCUGUUAAGUGGGACCUCUGUAGGCUCAGCAACUUGUACUGAUCACUUCCUUUUGAGUGUGAAUUGAUUUUAUGCACCUUCACAAUAUGUACAGUUGAAAGCCCCAGUUUAGCAGAUUUAGUAAGGGCCCCUGGGCUUAACCAAACAUGAUAGGCAGCAGUAACUUUAUUGCUUGCAAAAUCAGUUUAUAUGAAAUCUUCUGGACAACACUGCAACAGUGAACCUUUUGUUGGAUCUUAAAUCUGCAAACCCAAAAAAGGGACUCUUAAAUA